AUGUCACGACUAAUAGACCAACUCGCCGCCCAUGCCCAGCACAACGACGAUCGGGAACUACUUGACCUCGCCGAGCUGGAACAAGAUUCCCAGACGACACAACUAGAACCGAAGACUCCUAUGCGCAGGAGAGAGCUUGUACCAAGAUCUACUGCGCAGCCAUCCACACGCAGGAUUCGUCGCCUGGAUGGCGAGAAGCUCGCUGCCGCCAAUCCUCUGUUUCAGCCAUGGACUGCAGAUAGCUCUAAGAAGGUCUUGGACUUUUCUAGGAACAUCUCCCCUCGCAAGGCUGAACCGAGGGCUAGAAACUGGCCUGAGUCGGCAAUAGGGGAGCCUUUCUUGGCAAAUAAGAGACAAACGCGACAAGGCGCCAACACCACACUCCUGAAUUCUACGCUUCUCAGUGUCACACUUUCGGAUCAUGAUUCAUCUUCAUCGUCGCUUUCAGAGGUAGACAUGGGCGAUGUCACUCUACCGGCGAGCCUUCAGCUUGCGAACCAACCCACCGAGUUUUCCCAGCGCAUGGCCCGUUUGAGGCAAGAUACAUGUAUCACCAUACUGGAAGACAGUAUUUGCCCCGGGGCAGUGGACUCCGAGAGCGAGGCACAUAUCGCAGAGGUUGAAACUGGUGCAGGCGCAAAGGCAAUGGCCAUUCCCGGUGCAAUCCUGCCACUGUCACCCAAAGAUUCCAAUGUCCGCCGCCAAGCCGAUCAGAAAAUGUGCAUACAACUUGCGCCCUCGAAAGGUCACACCCAGGAGAGCACCGAGAAGGAGAAUAUCAAUGCAAAUAUGUCGGUCAUCGAUGAAGACAAACUAGCUGAGCAGCUAGUGGAUGAUCAGCUCUGGAGAAACGAAUUUGGCUAUGGCAGCGAGACUCCCGAUAUUGCUACGACGGUCUACCCAAAGCCCCUGCCAUCUCCCUGGAAAGCACCCGGUAUACCGCGAGGCCCUCAUACACCGACGAAAGAUGACUUCUGGAGGCAGAGUAUGGUUGAUUGCUGGAAUGAUGAGCACAGCCCCCGCAAAGCUGUCAAAGCAGCAAUGCGGUCUCCAAUCAAGCAACCCAGCUCAGCCAAGGCCAGCAAAGCAUCAUUCGAAGCUGUGAAAGCAAAUAUCGCCGUCAAAUUCCUACAGGAACUAGACACAAAAAUCACAGACGGGCAGAUUGCACACUUAUCCGAGUCGACGGGAGGGGUCAAGAUUGAAUGGUCGAAGACUCUCAACACAACGGCCGGACGCGCAAACUGGAAAAAGGAAACUGUUCGGACCACGCCAUCAGAUGGGUCUGACGCUACUGUCACGUACCAUCACCAUGCAUCUAUUGAGCUGGCAGAGAAGGUUAUCGACGACGAGAGCAGGCUCAUGAACGUGCUGGCCCAUGAAUUUUGCCAUCUCGCCAACUUUAUGAUCAGUGCUAUCACAAACAACCCCCAUGGUAAAGAAUUCAAGCAUUGGGCAGAAAAAUGUUCGCAAAAAUUUGCCAGUCGGGGCGUCAAAGUCACAACGAAGCAUAGCUACGAGAUUGAUUUCAAGUAUGCGUGGCAGUGUGACGGUUGCUCCCACAGUUAUCAGCGCCAUUCGAAGAGCAUCAACCCUGAGAAGCAUCGGUGCAGCGGGUGCAAAGGCAGAUUGGUGCAAAUAAAACCUACCCCUAGGAAUGGUGGAAAACCUAGCGAAUACCAGCUCUUCAUCAAGGAGGAGAUGAAAGCGCUCAAGCAAGAUUACCCUGAUAGCCCUCAGAAAGCCAUCAUGCAAAUGGCGGCGAAGAAGUGGGCGAACAGAUCGAAGCCGACAGAGUCGAAAGGCACACGAGAAGAAGUCGAGGACAUUGCCGCCCAGCUACUGGGCUUAAGCCUCGGGGAGUAG